AUGAUCGCCUUCUCGAAGGAAGAAUUCUUCGGAAAAGCACCGUUUGAACGGCCAGAGCCACAAACAGACAAUUCAAACGAUUCCGCGCCGACGACCAUUCCGCCCGACAAGGGAGCUAUUGCAGAUGCGAGUUCAGUCCCGGAACAUCCCCUCUCACUCGGCCUGACAAUAAACGAAGACGGCACCUUCGGUCUCGUCGUAGAGCCCAACGUACCCUCUUCCAACUACCGAGCUUUCGAAAACCCAGACGAGAAGCUCUAUAGCAAACGUCCCCACUACUUCGUCCGCACCGCCCCCUCUCCACAAAGCUACCCAGUCCACAAGCGACACUAUCUAUGGAACACGUACCACGAAAAGUUCCAACACAACCCGAUGGGAUGGAAAUUGCUUUCGGGACGGAAGAAAGGUGGUAUAGAUAUGCCGGUCGCUGUUAUUCGACUGGACUGGGUCCUUGCGGGCAGAAGAGAGAUCUCUCCAAACAGGCGUGAGAUAAGUGCGCUUGAUUUAUUAGAGGGACUGCCGGGUACUCCGGCUUCGGAUACCAGUUUCGGGAUAGCAGACGAGCAGAAAAGACAGUCAUUGCUAUCUAUGACCGAGGGAGAAUGCAACGUCAACGGUCUCCUAGACGUUGAGCCGGGCAUCGACGUGCUUCCGUCUCUUCACUUGGCUCUGAGUGCGCUGAGGCGGAUGUAUCUCCCGGGGGAAGACGACACGUCCUACAGCCCUGGGAUCAAUUUCGACCUGUACGCGGGGGAGAAACAUCCUGGUGGUCGUGCACUGCUCCAGCUCGAAACGGUUCGUUGGAGCGACCAUAUCGUCGAAGCGUUGAAUGUGUUCGCGAAGGUAGCACAGAAACUCUUUCCGGAUAAGAUGGCGAAGGGACGUUGUACGGUCUGGAAUUGGGGCGACGUGUGGUGGGAGUAUAAAGAUUGGAGGGAUCGGUGGCCGCACAAGAACGAGCGGAAGGGGGAAAAGGCGGUUGUGGAAUUUAUGACGAGGAUGAAAAGUCAUGAGGUAGGUGAGCAAUCGAGGUGGUUGUUUUUACAGUAA